GACCCCAGUCCAGGGGGGAGAUUGCCUGCCAGCUGCCUGAGACCCCAGCCCAAAAGGAAAGACCACCCUCCUAUUCCGGACCCCAACAGGUACCUGUGUCUUACUUUCUAUCCCUGGGAGACCAGGCACCCUGUCGGAUCCGUGAGCAUAGGUUUUCCCCCGUUUUACCUGAACUGUUCCUGGGCUGACCCCCUACCCCCCUUGUUGGAUUACAAUCUGCUACAGAGGCUUUUCCUUUGCUCUCGGUACUGGACUACAAGUGUUUUAGCCCCUCCUUGCUGCCCCUUACUGGCGAGGUCACCCUCCCUGCAAUCCCCCCAUUGAGUGACUG